AUGAAUUGCUGGCUCCCAGUGUGGGUAAGGCAGGCCCCAUCUGUCCAUAGGUCCUGUCUGAUCUGCAUUUCAUUCAUUCAUUCAUUCAUUCAUUCAUUCAUUCAUUCAUUCUACAGACAUUUACAGCCUGUGCUGGUGCUGGUGGUGAGAGUGGAAACAAGAGCCCUGCUCUUGCAGAGCUCACUGCUGGGCAAGGCUGUGGAUGGGCAUCAAGACACAGUGUACUCCCUGGGUGGAGGCUCCGAGGGCCCGUGUUUCUGUCCUACUCCCUGCAACCUGACCCGCUACGGGAAAGAAAUCUCCAUGGUCAGGAUCCCCAACAGGGGUUCAGCCCGGUACCUGGCCAGGAAGUACAACCGCAAUGAGACCUACAUACGGGAGAACUUCCUGGUCCUAGAUGUCUUUUUUGAAGCACUCACCUCUGAGGCCAUGGAACAGCGAGCAGCCUACGGCUUGUCAGCCCUGUUGGGAGACCUCGGGGGACAGAUGGGCCUGUUCAUCGGGGCCAGCAUCCUCACUCUGCUGGAGAUCCUUGACUACAUCUAUGAGGUGUCCUGGGACCGACUGAAGAAGGUGUGGCGUCGCCCCAAGACCCCCCUGCGGACCUCCUCUGGGGGCAUCUCCACCCUGGGGCUGCAGGAGCUGAAGGAGCAGAGUCCCUGUCUGAGCCGGGGCCGGGCUGAAGGUGGGGGAGCCAGCAACCUGCUCCCCAACCACCACCACCCACACGGCCCUGCAGGAGGCCUCUUUGAAGACUUCGCUUGCUAG